AUGGCCUACCCUAUUAGAGGUGGCUCAAUAAACCAAGGUGGGAUGAGCAGGACAGAUAUCGCUUGGCAGGUCGUCCGGGUCAUUCUGCUGCAAUUUUUCAGUCUAGAUCAGCAACAAACCAGCUUAACAGAAACGGUAUCGGCGAUCAACCCUCUCUUGCAACGUCGAAUCAAAACGAUCCUCGUCGAUUAG